AUGGGAACAAACUAUAAAUACUCAAUUGAUUACAUUUAUAAACAAUCUCCCUUUCUUUAUUAUGAAAAUCACGAAACAGAAUCCAAGUUUCAAUCAGAAAUUUAUAAGUACUCCUGAACAUCAUUAAAUUUUUUUUUCGCAUUUGCAGGGAGCUUCAUAGCUCUUCUCUACUGAGCGAUUAAAUCAUUCUCAAUUUGCUUUAUUGUAUUUUCUACUUUAAGUGGAUGCUUAUGGCUUGGGUUGAAUUAUAAAAUGACAAUUGCAAGAUUAGGAGGUUUAAUAAUUGGAUUAGCAAUAGAAAUUCAACUUACUCUCCAUAAUAAAUACAUUUUUAUAGAUUUUAAUUUAAGAACUGAUAUUUUAUAUAUUUUUUCAAAUAUGUUUAAUAAUGAUUUGAGUCUAAAGAAUCAUUUAAGAUUUUUUAAAAUGUAAAUCGAAAGAUUGCUGUAGCAUGCUCUAAAAGAUUAAUUUAUUAAUUUAUUUUUUUUUUGAUACAAUUUAAAUUAAAUUAAUUUUACAGUAAUUUUAUUUUUAAUAGCGCCUAGCAAAUACUUGAGUACACUUGAAUCACUAUUGCAAGGAUUUAGGGGAAAAUGGUGUAUUAAUGCUUGGAUAUUUUGUGGACUGAGUGAUACGUAAUUCUUAUACAGACUAUUACACUUAUAAAACAUGAAUUAGUUAUGUUGAAUUUUACUUACUUUUUAUUCUUGUUCAGAUAAUUCAUGGGAUUGCGCUUAACAUUCCUCAAAGCAUUGUUACAGGAAUGAUUUUGACUCUGGUUAUGUCGCUCCUUGAAAAAGAUAGAAGAGAUCUGUGGCUGCUUGUUGAUAUUUAUAGAGCUAGAUCAAUAUUUCAAAGCUUUAUCAUAGACAGUAGCAGUAACUCAAUUUUGAUUAUAGGAGAAGAUGGAAGAAUUAUUAUGACAAACGAUGCAGCUAUUGCAUAUGCAGAUAAAAGAGGACUUUCAAGAGUUUUAGGAGCCCAUGCUACAGAAUUUUUUACUCUUACCGCAAAAGAAACUAUUGAUAAAAUUUUAAAAAAUGCUUUAGAAGGAAUGACAAUUGAAGAAGAGUUGACUUUGGAUUCAACCCCGAUAUUAGUAAAAGCGAAACCAGUGCAUUUUAAUCAUAAACCGGUAAUUCAUCUUACUAUAUCGGAUAUUAGCAACCAAAUUGCAAGAAGAAAUUUUUUAGCCUCGAUUAAUAAAGCUCAAGAAUUUAAGGUCUCAGAAACAGAAAAAAAACUAACUGAAUGCUAUGUUCACCAAACUGCCAUUUCUGAAAACGAAUUUACAAGACUUGCUAACUCCCCCCCCCCCCUCCGUGAGCGAACAAAAAAAUUUUGUUCGCUCACGGAGGGGGGUUAAUUUUUUUUUUUAAAAAAAAUUUAUAUAUAAAUUUUAUAAAAAAUAUUUUUUUCGAAAUUUAAAAAAAUCCUAAUUUGCAAAAAUUGGGAAGCAAAUAUUAAUUUAAUUUGCAAAAUUUAUGUUUUAAAACGCAAUUUGUUUAAAAUUAAACAGAAUUAGCUCUAGAUUUCAUUAUACUAAUUAUCACUUAUAUAUCAAAAUUUUUUUCCAUUAAAAUUUUUUCUAUUAAAAAAAUUUUUGUUCACUCACGGAGGGUGGGUUUUUGGUCAAAAAAUGGCGAUUUUUCUAAUGGUUUUGUUCGCUCACGGAGGGGGGGGGGGGAGUAAGUGUAUUUCAUGCCAAAAAAUGACAAGAACAGUUUUACAAUGCUUAAUUGGUGAUGUGAGCUUGAAAAAUGAUAAAUUUGAUGCUGAAGUUGAGAUGGCGAAUAUCAUUCAAUGAUCAUGAUGCGAUGCAAAGCUUAAAAAAUUGAAUAUCACUCUUAGUAAGCACCCAGAUCUUAACAGUCCUAUUUUUUGUGAUAGACAAUUACAUAAUAACCUCUUGAAAGGAGUAAUUCAUUUUAUUAUUUUAAAAUCUGACAAAAAAUCAGAUAUCUCAGUUUUUCUUGGAAAAAUUGUAAUUUUCAUGUAGACUCAUGAUAAUGAAACAUAUCUAAAUUAUAGUUUUACCUUUGAUUCUCAAACUUUGGACAUCAAUGAAUUUAAUUAUUUAUUCAGCAAUGACCCCAAUAAAAUAAAGAAAAUCGAAGAAAUGCAUGAUAUUUUGAAAAAAUAUGACACAGUGGAGCUAGCUAUGUUUGAUAUUAUGCUGACUAUUCUUGGAGGACAAAUCAUAAGUCACGGCCCACAGCAGCCGCCUGUAUUUCAUUUAGUAUAUAGUCUAAAGCUUCAAGAGCAUGCAGGACAAGCCGCCAUCGACGCUCCACAAAUAAAAUUAUAUGAAAACUCUGCUGAUAUAGACUCUACAACUAUUUCAUGACGCUGGAGCCAAGAAAAAACAGAAAUUAUACAAAUUAACCGGAACAGGGAAAGAUAUUUCUCGGAGCAAGAAACGAAGGAGUCAGCCUCGCAUUUGCAAGACAAUAAACUUAAACCAAAGCAUCCAGAGAAUGCUGAAGAAAGUGAAAAUGGAGAAGACGAUGUCGAUGAAAAUGUCACUAUUUUCGGUUUAUCACACUAUUUGCAAAAAGAAAUAGAAGUUCCAGGUCGAAAUUCUCAUCUGCCUGUAAACACCUCAUCAUUCAUACAUAAUUCCAAUGCCUCUAUUUUAUCAGAUUUUCAUGUAAUCUACAAAGGAUUUAUUUUGAUAGGAAAUAAAUUCCUCGUAAAUUCGCUACAGAAAAACAUGGAAGCUAUUUUAGGGAAAGAGGUGGAAAUAUGUGCAAAUCAAGAGGAUUUGGUAAAUAAAGUUACAAAGGCAGCUGGAGAAAACUCUUUAUGCAUAAUAAUAAUUGAUGUUCCUAAUGGUUUUGAGGCUGCAAAAACAAUUAGACAAAAUGGGUAUAAGCAUGCAAGGAGGCCCCAUAUUGUUGCGAUGUAUUCAAAUAAUGAAGAAGGAAAUUUGACGAGCUAUAAAGAAGCUGGCAUUGAUGAAACAAUACCAAAAAGUGCUGGAAGAGAAGUGUUGCAGUCAAUUAUAAACAAAAUUUUAUAA